AUGGUCCAUGUUUAUAUCUACGUCCACGUCCAGGGUAAUGUCAAGCGACCUGAUCUCUUCCCUCCCGUCUUAACGGUCGAGCACCGUAUUCCCGACCAGCUCAGUCCGGGCUAUAUAUUCGUCGGCCCGUACGAGACUGACAAUGCAGGACCGUACAUCUACGAUGAUACCGGAGAACUGGUGUGGAGCGGCUGGGGCAACUCCGGCCCCGGAAACGCCCACAACGUACACGUCUGCCAGUACCAGGGCGAAGACCACCUGUGCUUCUUCCAAGGCGUGCAGCAACGCGGGUACUGCCGCGGCCACGGCGUCAUCAUGGACCGACGCUACCGCAUCGUCAAGACGGUCGUACCGGGCGGAGGCAUGGCGUCAAGCGACAUGCACGAGUUCAAGCUGAUCGACAACGGGCGCCACGCCCUCGUAACAGUCUACCAGCAGCGGGCGUUCGACCUGAGCGCGUGGAACGUGCGCACGGGGAUCGGAUGGGUGAUGGAGAGCGUGUUCCAGGAGGUGGAUGUCGAGACGGGGGCGGUGCGGUUCGAGUGGCGGUCGCUGGACCAUGUCGACCCGUCGGCGGGAUACACGUACCCGGCGCACACCGACACCUCGGGGACGGGGCUGGACCCGCGCUCGCCGUGGGACUACUUCCACAUCAACUCGAUCGAGAAGAACGCCGAGGGAGACUACCUGGUGUCGGCGCGGCACACCUGCGCUGUUUACAAGAUCUCGGGCCGCGACGGGUCCAUCCUGUGGAAGCUGCACGGGGCGGAUCCCAGCUUUGCUAACCUCGACUUUAGCUUCUCGCAGCAGCACGACGCGCGGUGGCUGACUGAGAACGCCACGCAUACCGCGCUGUCGCUGUUCAACAACGGCUGGAACGGCUUCAACAAGACGCAUGACUUCUCCUCGGGCAUGGUCAUCGUCAUCGACCACGUCGGCCAGACCGCCGAGCAGGUCCACCGCUACGAACCUCCUCCCGACCGCCUCACGCUCAGCUCCAGCCAGGGCAACAUGCAGACGACGGAGCAGGGCACGGUGGUGGUCGGGUGGGGGAACCGCGCGGCCAUCUCGGAGCACGACGCGGAGGGAGGGCUGCUGUUCUGGGGCACGCUCGGCCAACCCCCGAACACGACCAGCACAACCAGCCUGAUGAACUACCGGGCGCAGAAAUUCCGCUGGGACGGCGACCCGACCGACAUUCCGGCGUUAUGGGCGUAUGCACCAUCUCUAGAGCAGAACAGCACCAGCACCACCCUCUACGCCAGCUGGAACGGGGCGACCCGCGUGCGCCACUGGCGCUUUUACGGCUCCGUCAGCCAGCACACGGGACCCUACGAGUUGCUACAAGAGGUGGUUAAAGACGGAUUUGAAACGACAUGCUCGGUGGCGCGGUACGUGCGCUGGUCGUACGUGGAGGCCGUGGACGGCGAGGGCAGCGUGCUGGGCAAGUCGCAGAGCCGGUUCACGUUCACGCCGUCGGGGGCGCUGCGGGGAAUCUGCGGGCAAGGAUCCUGCGCUAAUGCGGCGGCGUUUGGGGUGCCUGGGGAGGAGGAGGAUGCGGAGCCGUUCAUUCCCCCGACGGGGAUCAACACGGUGCCGUGGAUCGAUCCGGAUCAUCCUGAGACGCACUUUGACUGGGGUGAAACGGGGGUGCCGGAGGGGUAUAAUGGGUAUGAUGAGGAGGAUGAGGUUGAAGAAAUCUGGUGGUUAGGUGUGGUGGGUGCCCUGGUGGUGGUCGUCGGGGCUAUCACGGGGUGGACGCUGUAUCGCCGACGAGAUCGAUUUACCCUGUUGGACAAUGGCUCGAGUGACAGUCUAGAGGAGAUGGAGGGACGGAAAUCAUCCCUAUCCUCGGACGACAUGGCGUGGUGGAAUGGGCAGGCGAGUCUGCAGCAUCAGCAUCCAUAUGCACAUCGGAUGGACGAUGGAUGA